AUGGAGAAACAGUUUCACUUAAUUUUGAGAUACGACUUAUUGACUCUUUCAAGUUUCUUCAAACGUCUCUUGCUAAUCUUGUUGGGAAUCUUCAACCAGAUGAUUGUCACAACACAAAAGGCCAUAAUCAAAGAUAGUGAGCGAAGCGAGGGUGUAGUGGAAUUGUUAACUCGUAAAGGUGUUUAUCCUUAUGACUAUGUUUCAUCUAUUGAACGAUUCUCUGAGACACAACUCCCACCCAAAUCAGAAUUCUAUUCUCGCUCAAAUGAUGCGGAUAUAUCUGAUGCUGAUUACCAACAUGCACUCAAUGUAUGGAAUACAUUUCAAUGCCAGACUAUUCGUGAUUAUAACGAUCUCUACCUCAAGUCUGAUGUUCUCUUGCUGGCAGAUGUAUUUGAGUCAUUUAGAAAAACCUGUUUCAGACAUUACAAUCUAGACCCAGCGCAUUACUAUACGUCUCCUGGACUAGCCUGGGAUGCAUGUCUUAAAACUACUGGGCAAGAAUUACAGUUGUUGCAUGAUUACGAUAUGUGGAUGAUGUUUGAGCGUGGUAUUCGCGGAGGAAUAACUCACAUAUCGCGGCGGUAUGUUUAG